GAGAGGGAGACACAGAAUCUGAAGCAGGUGCCAGGCUCCGAGCUGUCAGCACAGACCUGGACACAGGGCUCGAACUCACAGACCUCGAGAUCAUGACCUGAGCCAAAGUCGGACGCUUAACUGACUGAGUCCCCUAGGCGCCCCUGGCGUGUGAGUAUAUUAAUGCAAGUCACACAGACAGGGAAUUCUUCAGAUGUUUCAAUGUCCUACAGUCUCUGUGGUGGCAACUGUUUCCUCCCUCAGAAUAAUGGCGAAUUGGUGGGUGCUGACACUGUUACACAGGCAAUCAUGGGGGAAUCUGGAAAAGCAAAUAGAGCAAGAGUUAAAAAGGAAACCAUGGGCACAAAAUGGCGGCUUGGGCCAGGCCAACUCCCCAAACCUUGUUGAACAGCUAACCUAAGUGCAGUUCCAACCUUGCCCAGAAAUGUAAGUCUUCCCCUGUCAGUGAGGAAUCCUCUGGUGAGUGCCAAUAAGGUCCUCUGUCACAUGGACCCUCUCCCUCUCCAUCCCACAAGGAGGGGAGGUCAUCUGCAUGAUUAGACCCCUAUCUUCCCAAUUAAGGGAAGGUGACCUUCAAAUCAAUCUGCUUGAUAUUGUAUUUGAACACAGGCAGUGAGAAGUCAGAGAUGUGAAUGGGCUGGGGUGGGGGUGACACAGGGAAGGAAGUCCAUAGGGAGUGACCCAAGGGCACGAGGGAAAGGGUGACAGCAGACUCCAGGGCUGGGUGCUGGGGAGUCAUAUGUCUUCAUGGGUUACUGUCUGGAUGAGGAGAAAAGGCACGAGAAGUAGGGUCCCUUUUCCAUGCCAUGCAAGACUUGCUCCCCAGCACUAGAAUUAGGGCCUCAGGGAGCAGCAUGGAGGCUGGUGACAGGGAGAAGCUGGAAGCCGAGAGGAGGGUCAGACCCGGAGGGGAAGUGAGAGUCUGAGUAGGUGUCCAGGGUUGAGGGCGGAGCCCAUUUGCAUUGUCGCGGAGACUCAGGGCAGGCUUGUGUGUUGAGAAGGAAGUCAGAAGAGAGGGGCUGCGUGUGGGGAGGGUUGUGAGAACAGACGCCAAAGACCCACUUUCCGAGAGAAAGAAAGAACAUCUGCACAUAAGAUGCUGUUGUUGCAACUGGUGUUGCUCACGGUUCUUGUCCCAAGUGGUGACACUGACGACGAUUUCCAGGAGCCAGUCUCUUUUCGAACCAUCUUGACAACAUCCUUUUACAACCAUUCCUGGACACAGAAUCAGGGAUCAUCUUGGCUGGAUGGGCUGCAGACUCAUGGCUGGGACAGCAAGACGGGAGCUUUCAGUUUUCUGCGGCCCUGGUCCAGGAGCAACUUCAGCAAUGAGGAGCUAAUGGAACAAGAAAAGUCAUUUUAUACAUUCUCCAUCAGAUUUCCUCUGAUCUUUCAGGACCAUGUCAGUGAAUGGCAGCUUGAAUAUCCCUUUCAGGUACAGGUGGCAAAAGGCUGUGGACUACAUGUUGGGGAGCCGUCAGUAGGCUUCAUGCAGAUUGCAUAUGAAGGAUCAGAUCUCGUGAGCUUCCAGAACAUGUCAUGGUGGCCAUCUCCAAAGGGAGGAAGGAGGGCUCAGGAGGUCUCCAAACUAUUCAAUCAGUACCAUGUGGUCAACUUACGAAUACAAGCAAGUAUUAAUGACGCCUGCCCCCGUUUCCUCUUGGGUCUUCUUGAUGCAGGAAAGGAAGAUCUUCAGCGACAAGUGAGGCCAGAAGCCUGGCUGUCCACUGGCCCCAGUCCCAGUCCUGGUCGUCUGCUCCUCGUGUGCCACGUCUCUGGUUUCUACCCAAAGCCAGUAUGGGUGACGUGGAUGCGGGGUGAGGAGGAGCACCAGGGAACCCGGCGAGGUGACAUCUUGCCCCAUGCUGAUGGGACAUGGUAUCUUCAGACGUCCUUGGACGUGGAAGCCAGAGAGGCAUCUGGCAUGUCUUGCCGAGUGAGACACAGCAGUCUAGGAGGCCAGGACAUGGUCCUCUACUGGGAGCAGCCCCGCCCCGUGGGCUUGGUCUUCCUGGCGGUGGUCGUGCCCCUGGUGCUUCUGGCAGGUCUUGCGUUCUGGCUCUGGAAGCGUCGGAAAUCACACUGGAGACCUCAGUGCACUGGCCUCCCUUUGGAGAGAGAUCCCAGCAGCCCAGGACCAGGACGUCCCUAAACCCAGCUCAGAUGAUGGACUUGCAAGUCUCUGUGUGCAGCUUUUGUCUUUUCUUUCUGCUCAGUGAUCAGUUGUCAAGACGAGUUAAGUGUAAUUUAGCAGAAUUUGUUGCUCUGACCUGAUUCUGGGGCUUAAACAUCAAAAGUAUCUUAGAGUAAAAUGAAGUCCCAGAAACCUCCAUGAGCCACUGGCAUCAGGUGUCACUUCCUGCAGUGAGCCGUCCCUUCUUCACAAGUCAAAUAAAUUUUUGCUUGGCUGGGAUUAGCUUCACAUUUUCCUGCACUUGCAAAUCUAUUCCUGACUCCCAGCCCUUGUUACCAACAGUUAGGGUCCUUUUCCUUCUAAUUCUUAGGGCUUUAGAGAUCAGGUCCAUGUCUUUUUAAUAUUUGUAUCCUUGGCAAAGAAUCUCCCCUGCAUGGAAUAUGUCCUCAAUAAAAUCUGUGUUGCAGUUUUGUCAAUA